UCGAUUUUCUCGCAUCUCUAUUGGAAAAUAAACUAUUUUGCUUACACAAUUCAAUAUGAAUGUAGGCAAGAUAAGCGUUGUAACCAGACUACCUGCUUUCCGCUCGUGCGCGCACUACUCGAGUGCUGUAAAAGUGGAACUGCCGGCGUCCUUGGUCGGCGACGAGGAUGUGGAACCGUCCUAUCCCCAGACGGUGGACAGGUCCGGCCUGCAACCACAACACAAAAAUGUGCUCAUGAACAAAUUGCCCUACCAGGAGCCUCACUCUUGGAUACAUCUUACCGAGAAAUACCAGAGACAGAGCUUCGGGCGGUAUGGCGCCCAGAGCAAUGUGAAUCCGAAGAUUUGCUUCGAUUCCCACGGAAAGAAAGACAGCAGGCACGUUAUGCAACUAGAAACACUCCUGAAAAUGCUGGAGAAGAACCGAGCGCAGAAGACGGAGGAACUGGAAAGGAUCAAUGCCCGUGAAGACGACAUUGCGAAGAAGAUGGAGAAGUUGACACAAUGGAAGGCGGACUUGCACGCGAAGAUCGCCAAGCGGGAGGCGGAUGCAGCGGCAGCUAUACAACGCAAGGAACGCCUAGUGGAGGAGGUACGCCGACACUUCGGAUUCAAGGUGGAUACACGCGACGAACGCUUCAAAGAAAUGCUGGAGCAAAAGGAGAAGGAAGACAAGCGAAAGCAGAAGGAGGCCAAGCGAAAGGCCAAGGAGGAGAAGAUGAUGGCCAAGCUGGUGGGGAAAACAUCAGCGUAAUAUUUGUAGUAUCAAAACCAUCGAAUUAAGCGAAGAACUGUUGUCUGUUGCACUCUAUAAUAAAAACAGUAAUGAAUGAAUGCA